AUAGGGUCGAGAUAGUAACUCUAUUGGUCAAUGCUAUAAAUUAUGACCUUCUGACGAUAAUAACCUACGUAACUCUAACAGCAUUAUCUCAUCUAAUCUCAAAAUUGUUUCUGUACAGUUUUGAAUUGAUUGAAAUCAAGAUUACAACACAUAUCAGUUAAUCAAUAUGCGCUUAUUCAUCGACAAUUAUGAAGUCCGAAAAUGAUCCUAAAGCAAGCUAUUUUAUAUGUACUGAAAUUUCUGCUUUCUAAUAGUUGAUGCAUCCAAGUAAAUUGUUCGAUGACUCCAUAUAUCCUUCAGGUGUAUCAGUAAUAAUUAUAAAGAUAAGUCAGUGUAUCCACAAGUAAAUAGAUUAGAAAUCAACUAUUUAAAAACAAACUAUUUAGAAUGAGAGGGUACUGAUGACUGAGUUUAUGCUCAGUUUGCAAUCAAGAUUUUUUUAGCCAAUUUGUACCGGAAUUUAUAUCUCACGCACACACAAAUAUAUUGAAUACACUACUAUUCAAAUGAAUUUUCCUGUUGAUCAUUUCUUUAUCUUAAUAAAUGCAUUUGUACAUUUAAUUGUAAACAUACAGUUGGUUUGGCUGAAUCCACAUGUAACUGAAGAAACAAUAAUAAAUAUACCGAAAGUAUAUUUCAUUCAUCCUGGUCCAUCUGUUUCAGGGAGUCAAUUAAUCAAGAAUCAAUUUCAAUCAUAUAAUGGUUCAAAUUUUCAGAUACCACAUAAUUACAAAGUCAAAAAGCACAAAAUGAAUAUUAAUACUACUAAUAAUAAUCAUAAUAGUAGAUUUUCUAAUGUAACUCAAACAAAUUCAAAAUGGACGCACAAAAAGAUUUUUAAAGAUCAUAACAUAUCAAAGAACACAUUAUUCGUUGAAAGGUUACAUGAAAAAAUAAACUAUUUUAUACCAAAGUCACUGAAAUUUGAGCCAGAGAAAGAUUUGGCCAUAUUAUAUCCAGAAAGCAAUUGGCUUGACCCAUGCAAAGCCACUGCAUACUAUGGGGAUAUAGCGUUGGAUGAACACGAAUCUCAGAUGAUGUUGUCAAAAGGCAUGGCAUUAUCUGAUGAUCCAUUACAAAUAUGGGAUUUGGAAGAUAAUAAGGAAACGAACAAUCGGAGAAAUAAAUAUUCUAACAUCCCUAAUUCAAAACCAUUGGAUGGUAUUAAAAGUGAAAUGAGCACUCAUUUAGGUGGUAACUCACGUCAUUUGAAACAAAAGCAUAUUCAAAAUUACAAAGAUAUGGCAGACAGAAGUCUUCCAAACAAACUCAAAAAAUUAACAAGUAAACGAAGGGAAAAAUCGAGAAAGUUUGGUCAAAACUGGCAGAGAAGAAGGAAUGAAUUACUUAAACGUCGAAGAUAUCGCCAACUUAAGGCCAAAACACAAGCAUUUAUUCAGUUAAAUAAAUUAUAUCAGCAGAAAGCUGGCAUAUUAAUGUUUACUCCUGAACAAAGAAAAAAGAAAGAGUUUUCUCAAGGUAAAAGAAGGUCUAAAAGGGCAGCUACAGCUUAUGUUUCAAGAACAUGGACAAACGGAGUUAUUCCAUACAUAAUACAAGCAAAUUUUUCAAGUGAGACUAAAGCUACAAUUAUGAAAGCUAUGCGACAUUGGGAAAAUUAUACCUGUCUUAGUUUUGUUGAAAGGCAACCACACCACAGAUCCUACAUAAUCUUCACUGAAAAGGCAUGUGGGUGUUGUUCAUACGUGGGACGACGUAGCGAAGAUGAACCACAAGCCAUAUCAAUCGGAAAAAAUUGUGACAAGAAAGGGAUAGUAAUUCAUGAACUUGGUCAUGUGAUUGGAUUUUGGCAUGAACACACUAGACCUGAUCGAGAUGAACAUGUAGAUAUUCUACUCGAUAAUGUUGUUGAAGGACAAGAUUUUAAUUUUAAAAAAAUGGAUCCAGGUGAAGUGAACUCUCUUGGUGAACCAUAUGACUAUAGUUCUAUUAUGCAUUACGCUAAAGGAACAUUUGCUAAAGCGAAUAAAGAUGAAACAAUUAGACCAAAAGCUUGUUGUCCACGACCACCUAUUGGUCAACGUAUUCAGUUAAGUCCUGGUGAUAUUCGACAAACGAAUAAACUUUAUUUAUGUCCAGCAUGUGGUCGUACACUUCUAGAACCAGUAGGAAGUUUGUCUUCACCACAAAUGGCAUGGAAAUUAGAAGAUCGUUUCGGUGGUAAUGCCAACUCUUCAUUAUUUCCCGAUCCGAUAGGUUUAGAGCAGUCGAUUCAACUAGGAAAUGCUAUAUCAGUUGAUCAUCUUUUACCUGAUGAUAACGAGAAUAUGUAUCAUCCUUAUCGAUCAUUAACAAAUGGUAAUACAAUUGAUGGUGGUGAAGAUCAUAGUUUAAUCGGUAUGGUCAAUGAUAAUAAUUAUCAGUUAAAAACAAUUCCAUAUAAUCCAUUUAAAGGAUCAUUCAAUAAUGAAGAAGUUCCAUUGAUAGCAAUGAGUCGUUUAUCUAAGUUAUCAAAAACAAGUUCAUCAUCUACUUUAGGUUUCACAUCAGCUAGUCCUAUACUUUGUCAAUGGAGAAUAAAUGCUGCAUCAGGUGAACGGAUACGUUUAAAUUUUACACACAUGGAUAUAUCUGGACCGAUAACACAGGAUUCUAUACAUACACCAAAUAAUUUAAAUAAUUUACAUAAAGCAUAUGAAUUAAAUCAAAAAAGUAUCAAUCGUAUCUCAUGUAUUAAUGAUUAUGUAGAAAUAAGAGAUGGAUAUUAUUCUGGUUCACCAUUAAUUGGUCGUUACUGUGGUCAAAAUUUACCUCCACAGUUAAUUUCAACUGGAUCACGUCUUUGGUUAGAAUAUAGAAGAUCUGCUGGGAGUAUGACUACAGGUUUUAUCGCUGAUUAUGAAGCUAUAUGUGGUGGAGAAUUACAAAUGGAAGAAGGGACACUAACAAGUCCAAAUUACCCUGAAUUUUAUCGACCAAGUAAAGAGUGUGUUUGGCAAAUUAUUGUUCCCGUUGGUUAUUCUGUUGCAUUGAUAUUUCAUUCAUUUCAGCUAGAAAAACAUGAUACCUGUGUAUACGAUUACCUAGAGGUACGUGAUGGUUUAAAAGAUACAUCCCCACUGCUGAAAAAACUAUGUGGAUCACAUCUACCCACUCCAAUUAAAUCGACCAAUAAUGUGAUGUAUGUAAAAUUUGUAUCAGAUAGCUCAGUAGAAAAACAAGGAUUUACGGCCACAUUUCAGAAAGAAUUUGAUGAGUGCAAAACUAUGAAACAUGGUUGUUCACAUACUUGUGUCAAUACACUUGGAGGUUAUCGAUGUCAAUGUGAGAUUGGUUAUGAACUACAUGCAGAUGGGAAACGUUGUGAAGAUGCAUGUGGAGGGGUAAUCAAUGAGUCGAAUGGUACUAUUCAAACGCCUUUGUUUCCUGAUUUAUAUCCACCUAAGAAAAAUUGUAUCUGGAAAAUUUUGGCACCACCUAAAACGACAAUUUUUCUUAAUUUUACACAUUUUAAUUUAGAAGGUCAUAAUCGAGCAUGUCGAUAUGAUUUUAUCAAUGUUUACAAUGGUUCAACAGAUAAUCAACAGAAAAUUGGCACAUUUUGUGGUGAUCAAAUACCAGAGCCUAUUACAUCCCAUACAAAUGAACUCAGUAUUGAAUUUUAUUCAGAUACAUCUGUACAGCGUACUGGUUUCAGAGCUGUAUUCUUUACUGAUCGAGAUGAAUGUGCUGAUAAUAACGGAGGUUGUCAACAUUUAUGUCGAAAUACAAUAGGAUCAUACCAUUGCGCUUGUCGACCGGGUUUUAAUCUUUACGGCAGAUAUGAAUGCAAAGAGAACAUUAAAACUGGAUGUCAGCAAGAUAUAUCUUCACCCGAUGGGGAGAUUAUCACUCCAAAUUGGCCAAAUGAAUAUCCCGUGAAGCAAAAUUGUCAUUGGAAAAUCACUGUAACACCUGGUCAUCGAGUGAAAGUUAUAUUUGCCGAUUUUGAACUUGAGUCACAUCAACAAUGUACAUAUGAUCAAGUUAUAGCUUAUGAUGGACCAACAAAUAGUUCCGCUUUUCUUGGUCAAUACUGUGGUAGUAGAAAACCUGGCCCAAUUAUUUCUUCACAGAAUCAGUUGUUGCUUACAUUUAAUUCUGAUUCAUCUGUACAACGUAAAGGAUUUCGAGCUCAACAUACUACAAUUUGUGGUGGUCAUCUAACUGCUGAAAGUGUUCCGCAAACAAUUUAUUCUCAUGCUAAGUUUGGUGAUCUCGAUUACGAAUCAAAUCAACAGUGUUACUGGACAAUUACACCAAAAUUAGAUAAUCAUACUGUUCUACUGAGAUUUCUUUAUUUUGAAGUAGAAGAAGAAACACUAUGCACGUACGACUAUCUUCGAGUUUUCGAUGGAGGUGAUCCUAAAGGAAAACUUCUGGGUGGAUUUUGUGGGAGAACUUUACCGAAUACAUUUUUGUCAAAUUCUGGACAACUGUAUCUUCAGUUUGUUAGCGAUGAUACAAUUGGUGGUAAAGGUUUUCAAGCACAAUAUCAAAUGAUUCCAUAUGAUUUUAAAUUACCGAAGCAUGAAAUCGAUUCACAAGUGUUAAUCAAUCAAAUACCAUCUCAUUCAUCUUCCUCUUCUUCUUCAUCUUCCUCAUCAUCAUCUCCAUCAUCAGUUUAUUAUGGUAAAAACGAAAUGUUACAGCAAUAUCAACCAUUUCAUGGUAAUCGUUAUUUAUUUCCACCAGCAUGGGGCACCGGAAGGAUUCGUUAUUUUGGUGAUAUGCGUAGUUCUGAAAUGACUGAAAAUUAUCAAUCUACUCGACCAUUUAAUUAUAAUCCGUCAUAUCAACAUGCAAAACACUCAUCAACUAUACAACAGACAAAUCCUAUGAUCUACUCACAAAAUAAUAUUUAUCAACGUCGCGAUGGAAGACUUCCUGUUAAUCGAGAUAAUUCCCAAUUACCUUGGCGAUUCGCUUAUACCUAUCCACAAGCUAAAAGUUCAUCAACUAUAACUGCUACUAAUAAUCUUUUCAGAUCCAGUCCGUCAUACACAACAUAUAAUUCCCGUUCAUCUAAGCAAACUUCAAGUCAAAAUAGAUCACCAGCAGAAUUUCUACAUACAACUAUGCGACCAGUUUCUCCUUUACUAUCGCAAAAUGCAAUAAAUUCAAGAAAUCCACGUAUAAGUAGUACAUGGCAUGUACGACCUGGUCGUAUUGUACACCAACCUCAAUUAAAUAUCAUUAACAGAAUAAUUCAACCAAAUUCAAAAAAUUACCAAUCUUCACCACGUGAUAUUCUUCGACAAGUAAAAUCACAUUCGUAUCAACGGAAACAAACAGAACAAAAUCACAAAAGUCCUAUGCGUUUUCAUGUAGUCACUCAAAGGAAUCGAAGCCCACCAUUGUUUUCCGGUGGUAGCCAAUGGAAACAGAGAAGUAUGCCUUUGAGUAGUAGAUCACGUUGGGAUGAUAAUAGAGCUAUUAAAGCAUUUUAAUUAUUAAAUAUAAAUUAUAGUAUUGCUUCAUUUUCUUCUACAAAUGCCUCAAUUUUUUUUUCUGGUUUUGUUUUAACUUUAUCUAAAUUCAUAGACGGAAUUGAUUGUAAUGAAAAUUAAAAGAAGUUUAUUUUUGCAUAAAGAGAAUUUUAUUUGUGAGACAAUUAAAUCUUUAAGGUUUUGUUUAAAUGAAACGAAAUAAGUUAACUGUUCAAUAGAUAAACGACGUUUAAUGAUUUCAAGAAUAGCUGGAAUUACAAUCUUAUAAUAACUAAAUUAGUUAUUAAUUUUAAAUGAAAAUAAUAAUCUAUUCCCUAUUGCAUUUUGUAUAAUAAUUAAAAAGACUAUCACUACUGUUAAAUUAGGUAAUGUUUAUUCGAUUAUGUUAACAUACAAUUAGAAACAUGACAAAUAUAUUUGGUGUGGAUAUGUAUUGCAUUUUAUUAUUAUUAUUCUAUUACUCUCAUUUAUUGUAAUUUAUUCACUCCAUAUUUCCAUGUUUCCAUUUGUUUCUCGAUUGUUCUUUUUUUUGCAUAAAAAAAAUAAGUAAAGUAAAUAAAGAUGAACACACAAUUUAAAACAAACAAACAAACGAAUAACCUUUGUAUGUAAUUUUAAGAUUCGUAUACGAAAUCAUUUGAAAUUUAAACUUCUUGAAUAAAUAUUGUGAUGUAAUUAAUAU